GCCAUCGUCAGUGCCGCGCCGUGCUGCCGAACCGCGCGGAGGCCAUCUUGGCCUGCUUCGAGGCGCGGAGGCGUCAGGGACUCUGCGAACAUGGACCGCGCGGCGCUGCUGCAGUGCUGCGUGCUGGCCGUCGUGGCGUGCUGCGCGACCGGCCUCGCCGACAACAAGUUCUCCCUGCUGAUGCCCAACGUCAGACCCACCGUGCCGGAGUUGUACCUGUGCACGCCCGUCAAGGUGGACCCCCUGAGGCCGUACUAUAUCGUUGGCUUCGAGCCGAACGCCACCAUGGCCACGGCGCAUCACAUUCUGCUGUACGGCUGCUCGGAGCCGGGCAGUGCCAAACCAGUCUGGAACUGCGGGGAAAUGGCUUCGGCGGACGACGGCUCGGGGAUGGAGGCGUCCAGCCCCUGCAGAGCGGGCAGCGGGUCCGAGAUUGUGUACGCGUGGGCCCGGGACGCCCCGAUGCUGAAGCUCCCCCCGGAAGUCGGCUUCAAGGUGGGCGGCGACUCCGACAUCAAGUACCUCGUGCUGCAGGUGCACUACGCCCACAUAGACCGCUUUAAGGACGGUUCGACGGACGACUCGGGCAUCAUCCUGCACUACACGCAGAGGCCGCUGCCGCGUCUGGCCGGAGUGGUGCUGCUGGGCACCGGCGGUCGCAUCGCCCCGCACUCCGUGGAGCACAUGGAGACGUCGUGCGAGGUGAAGGAGCACAAGGUGAUCCACCCGUUCGCCUACCGCACCCACACGCACUCCCUGGGCAAGGUGGUGUCGGGCUACCGGGUGCGCCGCGACGAGCAGGGCCAGGACCACUGGACCGAGCUGGGCCGCCGGGACCCCCUCACCCCCCAGAUGUUCUACCCUGUCACCAACAACGUGACCGUCCGGCACGGCGACCGCCUGGCGGCUCGAUGCACCAUGGACAACCCUCGCGACGACUACACCAUGAUCGGGGCGACAAACAAGGACGAGAUGUGCAACUUUUACCUCAUGUACUGGGUGGAGGGCACGGUGCCGCUGGACGUCAAGUACUGCUUCACCAGCGGCCCUCCCAGCUACCACUGGGAGUCGGCGCACAUGAACCACAUCCCCGACGAGGAGGCCUCCUCGCUGUAGUCCCCCGUUCUCCCCGAACGCCAAAAGGCGGAAAAUUAGGCCGAGGCUGGAAUGUUUUUGUCCUUCCCUUCCCUUUUCUCAGUUCGUUUUGUUUUGUGGGGAAAAGGAACACGUCUGAUGGGACGGUAAAGAAUGUUGUAUGUGAAGGUGGUUUUUGUUGUUUCUUUUGUUGUUUUUUUAUUGAGUGUGAUGGUUCUCUGAAUUUUUUGUUAUUCUUGUGGGCACCUCAGGUAGUGCUUCAUUAUUGUUUUUAAAACUAAAUUUUAUUAAAUUAUUUGGGAUAGAAAAUGGUACACUUGAAAUAAUAUCAGUUUGCCCUGAGCAAUGUGCUGCAUCUUGCACAAACCAAAAGACGUUGUAAGAUUGGAGCUAGCAGUUAUUUUGAAAGAUUCAAAUGUCGACUAGAGAAUUGCCUUAACUUUAAUUUAUCAUUUCAUGUGCCAUUCAAUAUAUAUUUAAUCCAAGACAAAAUUUAUUAUGUUAGUAGGGGUAUUAUGAGGGCAGAGGAAUGAAAAGUGGCUAAACAGUCACCAAGAACACGUACAUGGUACAUGUUUUCACUUCCUUCAGAAAAAUAUUACCAACAAACCCAUAGUUUCCUCUCAAAAUUCUGGACUGAUUGCAUUUGAUCCUUCUUAUGUUCUAAUGAAAUGAAAUUUGUAAGAUAAAAAUAAUAUGCAAGCUCCAGCAAGUUCUUCACAUUUUUCUGCCCAAGAGUGGCAUUUAAGUUACCUCAUUUUAUUGCUUUUUCUACGCUGCAUACAGAUGCAUAUCAGCGGCUUUCCUUAAUUUCUGUGAUCUUUGUUAUUGGUAAGACUGGGUAGUCAUGAUGUGAUUUUAGGAGAUACGUACUUUACUGAUUGGACAUCAGCUGGUCAAAUUGUUAUUUAUUAUGCAGUAAGUUUUCCUGCUCUCCAAAGCUCUGGAGAGAUACUUUUUAAGUUGCAUGAACUUAUAGGAACAUCUGUGCCUGAGCUAUUUAUUCCCUGUGAAUCCUUUUAAAAGGCCCUUGGAAUCCCUUCCAGUUCACCAGCAAACUCGUCCUAUGAAUGGUCAAUUACACAAAAGUCUGUAGCUCAUAUUUCAUGCUGAUUCAUGCUAUCGAUCUUUCAAAUACAUUCCCUAUUUUUGUGAUGUGAAAAAAUGUAUUUGUUCCUGUCUUUGCAUAAUAACUCUUCGUUUAAAAAAAAAAUAUUGCUUGGACAAUACUUUAUCAAACAAGAGUUAGCCAAAAGUGCAACUUCAAAGAGGAGAUAAAAUAAUUUAAAAAACAUA